UACUGUCAGACUUUGGACGUCUCGACAACAACAUUCAGCCUCCAUGUUUUUAUCUCUAGAAUAGCUGUAUCAAAGGCCACAGCAUCCCAAAGCGUUGAUGAAGAUGAAGUUACUGGUGUUGUUAAGUUGUGUGGUGUUGGCCGCCACUGGGCUGCGGGUGUCGACCCUGACCUCCCACAAGCAGCAGAAACUGAAGAAGACCACGAUGACCGUCCUGAAGAUGCCCCAACCUCAAGAGAAGGUUGACCUUGACCUUUGCCCGACAUGCGUCAGCUUCACGGAGGAAACCAUUGAUAUCAUGAUGGAUAUCCUUCUCAAUAUUGGUAUUCUGGACUCUUGUGGCGUUCUCUGCUCUAUCGUUGAGCAAAAGACAGGAAGCCAGGCUAUAGGCGCCGUGUGUAACAUCCUGUGUGACGUCGUCGGCAUAGACGACUUCGUCAAGUUCAUCACAAAGGCUGACUUAGAUCCCAUUUACUUCUGCGAAUUGACGAAAAUGUGUCCAAUCUUCGACCAGGGAGAUGCGACCUUGACAGAGCUUAACAUCCUUCCACUGAAAGGACCCCCAGGUGAUCGCACUAUAAGCUUCACGUACAAUUCAACGAACGGCACCGGCACAGGCCAAAUCAACAUCAACAUCACGACUGUGGAUAAGUUCCCUGUGUCGAGCAGUUUGCUGAUACAGAAGCAACCACCGGGGUUCUACCCCACGGCCUUGAAGCUUUCGGCGGAGAAGUCCCCCGACUGCCACCCCCAGCAACAGAAGUGUGAGACCUGGAAACACGGCAACUAUACACUCACAGUGUCUGUGUGUAAUGGCGAAUGUUUCAGUGAGCAUCCCCACAGCAAGGUGUAUGACCGGAAAAGCAUGAACUUCACCAUUACAAAGGAGACAAUGGGCAGUCAGCACUGACAAUACACAAUAUUUACAGUAGUCAUAACGUCAAAAUGUUUUUUUUUAAAAGAAAUAUAGGUGAAUACAAAUGUGUUUAUAUUGUUUCUAUCUUGGAAACAAAAUACUAGCAAAUAAAUAAUUUUCGAGCAAUUACAAUUUGAAAAUGUCUCCGAAAUACACGGUGAUGACUUGAAAAGCAAUAUUUGUAAACUUAGUAUUAACAGAAUAUCAAACGACGUCCAGAUACGACGACAGUUCUUAACAGUCACACAUUGUAACCAACAGAUCCAAAUUUAUAAUAAACUAUUUCUUUCUGUGUG